AUGUCGGCCACAUACGGCACGGCCCCAGAGGUCCAGGCUCUGGGCAAAGAAACUCACUAUGCCGACCAAAUAGAGAAGACAUCGCAAAGCUCUGACGAAAAAGGCCAGAUCGUGGCGGAAGACGGAGAUGGAGUCAUUGUGCAAGACUGGACACCUGCAGAGGAGAGGACGGUUGUGAAGAAAGUGGACUUUCGAUUGUUCCCCAUGCUCUGUGUUGUCUUCGGACUUUCCCUCCUCGAUCGAGCCAACAUCUCGGCCGCCUUCAUCGCAGGAAUGAAUAUCGACCUCGAAUUGACGGGUGCACGCUACAAUGUCGCCCUGUUGGUAUUCUUCAUUGGCUACGGCUUGUUCGAGCUGCCAUCCAACUAUGUGAUCCGACGCCUCGGCGCUCGCUUCUGGCUGAGCUUUCUGAUCACUACAUGGGGCGCUUGCGUUCUGGGUAUGGGCUUUGUGGACGACUGGAAAAUCCUAUCGGUCCUUCGCGCUUUACUUGGAGUUUUUGAAGCCGGCUUGUUUCCUGGUGCGAUCUACAUCAUUGGCUCGUGGUACCGCACUUUCGAGACUGCAAAGAGAAUUUCCAUCUUCUACAUGGCAUCUCUGGUAGCACAGGGGUUUGGUCCCAUUUUCGCGUACGCCCUAUCGCUGAUUAGCGUUGGUAACGGAAAAUAUGCUCAAGGAUGGAGAUGGAUCUUCAUCGUCGAAGGACUAGCCACCAUCGUUGCCGGUCUCAUCUCCCCCUUCUUCCUCAUCGAAUUUCCGGAACGAGUCCGUUUCCUGGAUGAGAGGCAAAAGCAAAUCGCGUUGGAUCGUGUGCGCAUCGACAAAGCAGGCAAAGAUAUCGUCCACCUCAAUUUCAAGCAAACGUGCGCUGCAUUGCUCGACUGGAAGCUGCUUCUGUACUCCGUCCAGUACUUCAUUUCGGCAAGCAGCGUCUACUCUCUGGCCUUCUUUGCUCCGGUCAUUCUCAGGCAAGGCUUGGGGUUUCCAUACGUCAAGGCCCAGCUUCUUUCUUCCCCGCCUUAUAUGUUCACCAUUGUUGCAACUAUCAUCAUGGCUUGGCUCUCCGACAAGAUCAAGAUGCGCUGGCCGAUCCAGAACGCCCAUUGUAUCAUCGGCGUCGUGGGACUGCUGAUAAUGCUUUAUCCCCGCCCACCGGGAGUCCGCUACUUCGGUCUCUUCCUUGCUUCGUGGGGUUGUGGUGCUCUUGUUCCCGGAACGUUGACAUAUGGGCAGAAUCAGACCGCUAGGUUGGAGAAGAAGGGCGUGGUGGCCGCCGCAAUGAUUAGUGCGGGUGCAAUCGGUGGUGUUUGUGGUAGCACCAUCUUCCGAACACAGGAUGCCCCCACAUUCUACCCUGGCAUGUGGGCGACAAUUGGUAUGCUGCUCGUGCACGCUAGUAUCACUUCCGUUCUGUCGUUCUACUACAAGAAGCAGAACGAGAGGGCUGAUCGGGAGGGUAUCAUUCUGGAAGGAGUUCCAGGUUUCCGAUAUGCGCCAUGA